GGGUGUGGUUUUCCUUACGGCGGCAAGCCAAUGAACAAGUGGUGCGCGCGCUCUGCAUUUCGGCGUGGUGUAGCGUGCCCUGCGCGCGCACAGGGGCGAGAAGUCUUCUGCCGGGUCCGCCUAAGCGAGGGCUGGGCUAAGAUGGCGGCGCCCGUCCUGCUGCGAGUCUCGGUGCCGCGCUGGGAGCGGGUGGCCCGUUACAUCGUGUGUCUGGCCGGAAUUAUUCUUUCGCUCUACGCCUACCAUUUAGAGCGUGAGAAGGGUCGCGACCUCCAAUACCAGGCACUCUGUGACCUCAGCGAGCGUGUCCGGUGCUCCUCUGCCAUCUCCUCCAGAUGGGGUCGAGGAUUUGGCCUACUAGGCUCCAUUUUUGGAAAAGACAGUGCAAUAAAUCAACCAAACAGCGUUUUUGGUCUUAUAUUCUAUAUAUUGCAAAUGUUGCUUGGUAUGACAGCAAGUGCAGUAGCAGCGCUGGUCCUCAUGAUGUCCUCCAUAGUGUCAGUAAUAGGAUCUUUGUACCUAUCUUAUAUUCUGUACUUUGUGCUGAAGGAAUUCUGCGUUGUCUGUGUCAUCACAUACUUGCUGAACUUCAUUCUCUUGAUCAUCAACUACAAACGACUAGUAUACUUGAACGAGGCCUGGAAACGGCAGCUCCCACCCAAACAGGAUUAACUGCUUUGCAAACUUUUGACUGACAGUUUGAAGGCCCGGCUUCCGUUUAUGUUUAUUUCACAGUAAAAAGAUUUUUUUUAAUUAUUAUUCAUAUCACUUGCUUUUCCCAGGAAUCAUAGCUAAUUCAAUUAGAGUGACUCAAAGGAUAGGGGCCCUGGGUAACCUCUCAGUCAAUAGCUAUGGUGAGGAACUGUUUGUGAAAGUCUUAAUCUGAUCAGAGACAAGCUUUAACUCUACUUUGAAGGAGUUCACAGAGACAUAUUAUUUACUCCUUCUUUACCCUUCCCCAAAUAUUCCAGGUAGGCUAUAGGAAGUCUCCCAUCUCAGUGUGAAUUGAGGUAGGGGGGAGUCUUAACUGGGAGAUCAUGAUUGUUCUAGACUUUAUAGGUACCAUAGGGAAAUAUUGCCCUGUUUACAUUAAGUGUAUUGGUAGCCAAAGGAAUUUGACCCACAUAGAUGCAACUAAAACACUUACCACAACUUGGGGCAUAGUGGUAGAAAAGACUGGCUAUGUCCUGGCAAAGAAAGGAGGUCAGUACAGCUUGGCCAAGUGAUGACUUGAAGCCUAGCAACUUUGAAGAAUGGUCCAUUGUCUUAUUGAGAUGUUUUUUAAAAAUGAAAUUGAGAUUAGUUUCUUAUCCCUGGAGAAGAUGUGCCACAAAAGAUCUUUGCUGAGAUGCCUUUUUCCCCAGGAUAUGUUUAAAGAAAAUGGAAUUCAAUGGCAUUUAAAAACAAAGAAAACUGAACUAAGCUGGGUUUCCUUGCAACAUCCAAGCUGUUUGCUAUGGAUGGAAACAAUCUUUAGGGAUGCUUAACAAAGGGAGUGGGGCGUCUUGAGUUGCUCAGACCUCAUCAGGAGGAAGCCUGUACAAUUAGAGUUUGAGGGGCAGAAUUGGCUGUGCAGUUCAGAAGAUGUGAGACAGCCAAAUAGCGUUAACCAAUUUGAUUAUAAUAUUUCUAGCUGCUGUAUAGAAUUACAACUUGACACUGGAUCCCAGUAACCCACUGGUAAAUGAAUACACUGAAAAAUUAGGAUGCAGUCCCUUUGUGAGCUCUUUUGUACGUAAGUUCCAUAGAAGUGAAGAGGGAGUGUAUAAAGAAAUAUCAAUGGACGGUGCUUUGAUGUUUUUGAGAAAUUCCCCUUCAUUUAGUGAAGCUUGUAUAGGAAACCCAGAUUGCGGACAUAAAUAGAUUUAUAUCUGUAGAGGCAGAGCAGUUUCAAAUUCCUACAUACAAAUUUGGCUAAGGCUUAGGGCGAUGUACAUUGACUCUCCCUCAGUUAGAGUAAAGCAAAUAGAUGGUAAAAAUUGGCCCAAGAUUCAGUCAUGGUUCUCCUUGAAAGAGUAAGUUGAAACAAUUUCCCAUUCAUAUCAUCCUAAAAAUGCAGUGUUUUUUUACAAGUGCCUUCUGUCUUACAAACCAAAUAUUGGGGAUGUUUGAAAUUGCCAGGCAGAAGGUUUCUUGCAUAUAUAUAUUCAUCAAAUAUAUAUAUAUAUAUAUUUGAUGAAUCAGACCUCAGACCUUUGCAGUAUGUCUUAUACCAAGGUACACUGGCAUCAUUAGACACAUAUCUGGAGGUUGAGGGUAUUUUUUGAGAGGCAGGCUGCUGACCUGACAGGGACAGCUUUGAGCUCUGCAGUCCUUGCUGGCUUCUGCUUUUCCUGCUGGAAUACUUUAGAAAGACAAAUUUUUCCUCACAACAUAAAAUUUUGUCUGCUCUAUUUAGAUUUAGGGCUUAGUUUACCCAGGAGCCUCUAAGUAUGCCUCGGUAUGACAAGGAAGCCUUGGAAGAUUAUGGCAGUUUCUUAUUUGACAGCUGGGUCAAAGCUGUUCCAAGCAAACCAGAAGAGCUACUCCUUAGCACGGUUGCCGUGUUUCUUCCUGCAGUGGCAGAACAAGAAACCUGUUGUAUCGGCCUGGUUACCAUUGGAGUGCAAGAAGGUAUUAGAAGCUUCCGGAGAAUGAGCGAGUUACAGGAUUGAUAGGAUCGAAAGGAGUUCUCAGUGACUGAAACAAAUGGAUGCUGCGAUCUCCCAGAGGCUUCUUGGGAUGCGAUUUCACCAGUUGGGCUCCCUGAGAUAAUUAAGACAGUUCUUCUGCUCACACGAUGAACAAAUUUGGAGGACUUGUAUUAAGAGUAGAAAACAAUUUUGGCAUCUUUUAUAGCAGAGAUAGCCGUGCCCCUGGGUCAUAAUGGGCUAAUUAAAAAGAUCGGGUCAGGCCAGAAGGACGUUGCUGUCAAAAACUUGAAUCUUGCUUGUAAGAAAUCUUUCCUUGCCAUCGAUGCUUGCUCCUGCUUAUGCCCAAGAAAAGUGAUCUUCCCCAAAAGCUCCCUUUUAAAAAUCCAGUCUGCGCCCAAAUCCUUUCCUUCUUCUGAGUCUGUAAGGGGUCUUCUCUUUUUUGUGUCAUUUUCUAAAAAAAAAAAUCAGCAUUAAGGUAUUAAUGCAAUUAUCUUAUGUUUUGUAAAAGUGCAGGAUUUUAUUUUCCAAUGGAAACAGCAUCUGCUGAGGAUGGGAUGUCUGACAGUAUUUAAAUGCCUGCCAAAUGAACAGUCCAGUUGGUUUAUGUACAGAACUAUGGUGGAACGCAAGACUAAUGGAGGAAGACAGGUGUUUAUGGUAUAUAUAUAUAUAUAUGUGUGUGUAUGUAUAUAUGUAUUAAAAACACUAAAUUCUGCUUGUUGUCCUUAUGAAAGAGUUCUCAGAAAUGCAUUUUGUAUUAACCAGAGUACAGUUAAAGCUUGUCUUGAAUUUUGAAAUUAGAGCUGAUGGGGGAGUAUAAUUUACAAAUUUUGUUACAUUUGGUAUGUGGAGAAUAUUUUCAAGUUUAUACCCUCACUGAUAAAUUUUAUUUUAAGACAUUAAUGUAACAUAAUGUGAGGCUUUAUUUUUUUACCUGUCUGGAGAUGAGAUGGGGUUUUUCUAUCUUUCUAAGUAGAGAUUUCCAUUAUCUAUACUGUGAUGGGCAACUAUAGCAACUUUACAAACUGUGGACUUCAACUCCCAGAAUUCCUGAGCUAGGUAUGCUGGCUCUGAAAUUCUAGGAAUUGAAGUCCACAGCUCAUAAAGUUGCAUAGUUGCCUACCCCUGAUCUAUACACAAGUGUCAAUUAUAGGGGAUACAAAAAAGGUAUAGUUUUCUUCCUAGGACUUCCUCCUCCUCCUCCCCCCCCCCCAAAUUCGUUGGGCAGGGAGUGCAGGCAGAUUCCAUUUUUCCCUCUGCUGAAAAGUUACCUGUUCUGCUCAUUUCUCUUUCUAAGUCAACACCUUUUAAACAUUGGCUCUAUUUUUUUUCUUGUUCAAGAAGGUAUCAGUCACCUUGUGUACGUCUAAGCAAAAUCCUGACUUCUGUACCCCUCUCCCCCAUCUCCAAUUUCAGUAGUAUUCUGUGGUGUUAAACAGCCUAAGCAGCCAUUGUUUGUGUUGGAUGAGUCGUUCUCAAUUUGGUCCCCUACAGACAUGUUGGGACCCCCAACUCCCAGAAUUCCUAGGUAGCUGCAACACUUUGAGCUAAAGGCCAGACUAGACAAGUAGAGUCUAUAGGGCAUCCUUCUCUGUCCAAAUGGAAAAAUGAGUGCUGGGUUCCGAGAACCAAACUGAUAUUUCCAACACAGGGGAGGCCUACCCUGCUUGUAUGUUGUAAUAUUUGCAAGCCUUCAACAAGCAGAUGGUAGGCAAAUCUCCCUGCAGGUGUGGACUCUCUGCUGCCUUCCAACUUCUUCCACAAAGGUAAUUCAUUCUCUUUAAGGUGGCAAUAUGACUUGGUUGCUUGGCCAUACUCCCAAACCUAUAUGGAUGAUGGAAGAUGCAGCAUUUUCCUGUUUUUGGCAAGUGCAGCUUUCAUUGUGCUUUGCUCCCAAUUCCUUCCUUUUAAUUUGGAAAGCUAGGAGCCCCUGCUCUUUGGUUCUGUCUCAUCAUCUAAGUUACUUCUAAUUUUAUGCCAGUGAGGAUGGAGGGAAACUUUUUCAGUGACAAAAGUUCAGGAUUUUUUUUUUAACUAACAGUUUCCCAGGAGGUAGUUUUCUUGAAGAUCAAUUUAAUUCUCCCUACCACCCACCCCCCAGAUCUACCACAUCUCUCCCACUUGUUGAUGGCUUAAAAGAAAGAAAAGUUCCUGACAUCUUUUUCCAAGAAAUCAAGGGUUCCAUAGUUCAGACAAGCCCCUUUUCAUUUCUUAGAAAUCUUACUCAGCCUUCAUACCUGGGAGUAAGUAUGGUUCUCAGUGCUUGUAAUGCAGUUUUGAAUGGAUGACGGCUUUCUUGAGAUACCAGAAAAUGUAUCCAUGAAGCAGAUGGCUCCAUCGCAUCUAGUAAGUAUAUUGCCAUCCCCAGGAAAGGUUUCUGUCCCUUGAUUUUCAGGAGGAAUCAAGGAGAAGUAGCAAGAGAAAUCUAUACCCUUGGAAGAGGAAUAUUUCUACUAAGGCAACUCUUUAAGGAAAAUGUCAGAGUGGGCUCUAAUCCAGUAUGAGAUGAAACUUUCAGAAAAUAAUUACUUUGGGGCUCAAUUCGAUUUUCUGAUUCAAAAGAAAAAAAGACAAAAAUAAUUUUCUUUUUGCAGAUUAAUAUCUCCUGAUCUGUAUGAAGAAGAAUUGGUCAAAACAGAUUAAACAUUUGCUUGGAUUCUUUCAAGACCGAUUAAACAUGACCUAGUAAAACUAGUAAAAAAGAAGAUGAAGUAUUCCGUUUCCAUUUUUUAAAAAAUGUAUUAAGCAUGGCCUAAAUAUUCAAUGUGUGUUCUGUCUCGUAUGUUUGAUCUGACAACUUUUUGAUGUGCUUCAAACUCCAGAACAUCUCCAUCUUGAUUGGAGUCAUUCCAUACUUAUUUUUUUAUUUUUUGGUUCAACAUAGGACUGUGACAUUCUGAGAUUGAAAUUCAAUUUUGCUAACAGGGGAAUUAAAACCAUGUAAAUAUUGUAAGAAUGUUUAUUUGUUGCACAUAACUUUUUUGGUAUAAAAAUAAACGUAGAAAUUAUCUGUG